AUGUGUGCCGAGGGGAUACCGCUGCGCCCCUCUUUAGGAGAAAUGGCUCCAACAUUGAAAAGAAAACAUUCAUUGGAGGGCAGCACGUCUACCCAAGAUUCUCUUGCACAGAAUCAUCAUAGCUGCGAACGGGAGAGGUCUACUUCUCAGUCGCCGUCUCCUCUUUCAUGGACGACGACCUUACCCGACCUUCCGAACGAGCUCCUACUAAAAAUCCUUGCUAUUUUACCUGGCACCGUCGAAACGAUCCUUGCUCUGGCUACUACUUGCUGUCGACUUAACCAAUUCGCUAUGGCAUAUCAUUUUGAACGAGUCUCCUAUGAACUUUUUGAUCGCACCUGUCGGCCCUUCACCUCUUUCCGAAUGCUUCGCUUGUCAUUUAUUUACAAACGGUCUCUGUCCUUCAUCCAAUGCAAUUUUUCCGAUAACUUCCACAAAGAGAUGAGAGAGGUCAAACGGUCUCUCGCCGCCCUCAAGCGUAUGGGUUUAUUUCUGGGCAAAUUUUCUGUCUCCUUUGAAAAUAUGGAUUGGCCAGAGAUGCUCACAAAGAAACAUGCCGCUUUCUUCGAAGAUCUUAGCAAACUCAGCUGCAAGACGAUAAACACAUAUAAAUCAUUUUUGUGGUUGUUCGUCACUCUAUCUGAGCGUCUGGAACAGUAUAUUGCUUGGAUGCUGCGAUCUAUCAAGGAGUCUCCCGUGAGGACGUUAAAUCUGCAUUCCCUUUCUGACGACACCCUUCUGAAAAUCAACCAGUUUCCCCUUAGCAAUCUUCGAAACAUGACGCUCUCGGAGUGCACGUUCAGUUUUGCGGCCUUUGCAAACCUUUCUCGAACGCCACUUACACAUUACAUACCUCCAUCUGCAAACAUGGACCCCGAUGGCAAGCAUCGCAACAAGAAGGGGCCUGUUACGGCAACGACGCUUCGCGCGCUACAUUCCAAUUCGGAAAUAUUUCCUGUCCUUCAAGAGGUUACUGUUACGGGCGAAGAUAUCUUAGGAACCCAGGAAGCACUUUUCAUAUCAACCGUCUCAUUCCCUCGUUGGAGAGGCCUGGUCGAAGAGAAGGCAGAAUCGUUGCUUACGCAGAUCACCGACUUUUCGAUUUCGUUCGAUACUCUGGAUGUCAUCGCUACCGCCGAGGUCCCCGCUGCUGCGGGUUCAAUCCAAUUUGAAGCGGUUUCGUACAUCGUCGAGUGGCUCGGAGAAGGCGAUACUUGA